UCUUGAAUGUGACUUUGUAUCUCUUUGAAGUCUCUUCUGCUAUUAAUUUUGAUUCCCCACCACCACGACCUCCUGCUACUUCAUUUUCUUAGCCUCCUUUUCAUCUAUCUCUCUCUGUCUCUCUGUGUGUUUUUUACAAGUUUCACCACAGUUUUGCUCAGGCUCCAUCAUAUAAACUUUCUGGUUGACAUGGGAAGGCAUUCUUGCUGCUACAAGCAGAAGCUGAGGAAGGGUCUGUGGUCUCCUGAAGAAGAUGAGAAGCUUCUUAAUUAUAUUACCAAGCAUGGACAUGGCUGCUGGAGCUCAGUCCCCAGGCUUGCAGGUCUUCAAAGAUGUGGAAAGAGUUGCAGGCUGAGAUGGAUUAAUUAUCUGAGGCCUGAUUUAAAGAGAGGAGCAUUUUCAGUUCAGGAAGAGAACUUGAUUAUUGAACUCCAUGCGGCGCUUGGAAACAGGUGGUCUCAGAUUGCAGCUCAGUUGCCAGGGAGAACCGAUAAUGAGAUUAAGAAUUUAUGGAACUCUAGCAUUAAGAAGAAGCUGAGACAAACAGGCAUUGACCCCAACACUCACAAGCCACUCUCUGAGGUGGAGAAUGAUAAAGAAAAGAAAAUUAUAAGCAAUGAAAAGGCCUCUGGAUAUCACUCUAAUGAGCCUGCAAACUUGAAACCUCCUUCAUUUUCUGCAGAAAGACACCACCCUCUUGAAGUUUCUUCAACCUCGAAGAUCAUCAGCGGCAGCAGCAACUUGACAGGUACUCCUCACACUCAGGAGUUUUUCCUGGAUAGAUUUGGUGCUUCCAAUGAUAGUUCAACCACAAGUUGCAGGCCUGAUUUGGUAGGCUAUUUUCCUUUCCAGAAGAUGAAUUAUGGGCCUAAUAUCGGCUUAUCAGUUAAUGUGAAUUCGUCGCUUUGCUUCAAUCCAAAUUCCUCCUCUUCUGAUCAGAUGAUUUCUGAGAUUAAUUCCACCAUGACACAAACUAUUCUCCCUUCCAUCCCAUCCUCAAUGUUCCAAACUCCAAUUCGUGUAAAGCCUUCCAUUAGUCUUCCUUCUGAGAAUCCUUCUAGUGAUAUCAAUGGGGUCCAAAAUUGGGAAGCUAGUAGCUUCAGUAACCAUGGCAGCGCCAGCAAUGGAAGCACUAGUAGUAGCAUUGAAUUCCAAAGCAACAAUUCCUUCUUCGAGAGCAACACUGCCGCCUUCUCGUGGGGACUUACAGACUGUGGAAAAUCUGGUGAUCAAGAAGACAUCAAAUGGUCUGAAUAUCUCAGUACACCAUUCUUCCUUGGAAGCACAAUACAAAACCAAACCCCUCAGCCUAUGUACUGUGAAGUUAAACCAGAAGCACACUUUAAGUCAGAUGGAUCAAGUACCAGUUGGCACCAUCAGAACCAGCAUCAACAAACUUCUCAGGCUUCAGAUAUGUAUACUAAAGAUCUACAAAGACUUUCUGUGGCUUUUGGACAGACCCUUUAGCUUGUAAUUUUCUUGUACUUAGGAGGUGCAGAGUCAACUUGAAGGAGGGAUGAGGAUUACACAAGUUCGUUUUUUUUUCUUGUCUGAUGGAUUGUAAAAGGUGUCUUCUUGUUAUAGGUGUGUGCCAUAGAAUUUUCUUUUGAUUUUGUAAAGUUUCCUUAUACAAAAAUCCCCAUAUUUGUGAUUGAACCAAGUUUUUUUAGUUAUUCUUGCCCAUAAAAUGCAAUAGAAUAUAAAGAAUAAGUCUUUCUUUCUG